AUGAGCGCCAGGGAAAAGGCUGCUUUGCUGUGUCUUCCUUUGAAGAUCGGGCUGUUGUAUUCCGUGAUUGUUCUCUUGCCUGCUUGCAAUCACGCAAACAAACCGCACUCCAUGAAGGCUGCUGUGCGGAGUAUCGCCGACCUGUGGCGACCUGUGAACACUGUCAUAGGCAGGGGUGAUCGGUUUGUGGGGUCCCUUUGGCUGCAGCUGGCGCUCUUGAGCUGCGGGGAGGCGGUAACGCUGCGCGUGGACGCCGCCGCUGCUGGUGGUGGUGAUGCUCUGCAGGCCCACCUCCCUCCCAACGCCAACUUUGCCCUCCCGGCCAUCUCUGCCGAGGAGGCCGCCCUCACCUCUACCGUGCUCACCCGCCAGACCGGGCCACCUGCCGCGGUGCUCCGGCUCUUCAAGCAGCACGCAGAUGCCACUGGAAAUCGCUUCUUCAUCCUUGCGGCAGUCUUCAUCUACGCCAUCGUGAACCGGUUGAAGCGGAAUGGAGGAGAUCUUGAGGAAGCCGCCCAGCCCUUCGAGUACAUGGCCACCCGCCCCUACUGGGAGACCGUCGAUCUGCCCGAAGACCAGGAUCCGGCCGCCCUACGGCACGAAAUGCUGUCUCAGACAGAUGAGCUCCGCCAGUUCCCUGGCCUCGAGGCCAAGUUCUUCACCACGUCGGCCUAUUCGCUCCUCUUGGGCGGACUCAACCUCAACACCAUCAGCAUCAAGGUCCCGUCCCCCCUAGUGCCCUACUUCCUGAUGCUCGACGCCCUGCCACACGAGCACAGGAGAGAUGCCGUGCACGCUCUCUCUCCGUUCCUCACUCCACUGCUGGAGAGGCAAGACGACCACGACCACGACCACGACCACGACCACGACCACGACCACGACCACGACCACGACCACGACCACGACCACGACCACGACCACGACCACGACCACGACCACGACGCCCAUGAGUGCUGCGUGAGGGUGGGCGACCUUGGAAACAGCGGUCGGAGAGAGCACCGCGAGGACGAGGACGAGGACGACGAAGAAGAAAACGAGGGGGAGAACGACGAGGAGGAUGGCGAUGAUGAUGUGGAGAGUGAAGACGGCGAGGAGGAGGAGGAGGAUGAAGGAGAAGAGGAUGAGUUUGAGUUUGACUGGACGGCUGCUGCUGCUGACGGAGUGGUUUCCCCGCGCCGGUGCAAGUUCACGUCGGGGCUGUUUCCGCCGUACAAGGGCUACGCCUUCUUCCCGCUGCUCUCCACGCUCAACCACUCGUGCGAGCCCAACUGCCAGGUGGCCUACCUCGAGGACGGGCAGGCCCUCGUCUUUGCCCUCCGCGACAUUGCGGCAGGCGAGGAGCUCUCCAUCUCCUACAUCUACCGACACCUGCCCCUCGCCGAGAGACAGCAACAGCUCCGCAGCUACGGCUUCGUCUGCGCCUGCCCCCGCUGCGCCGCCGACGCCCAAGCCCAAGAAGCUCCUGAUAAGGCCGAGGCCGGCGUCCUCCCCGCCGCCAUCCAGGAGGAGGAGGAGGAGAACCGGGCGCCCGAGGAGGGUGAGGAGAAGAGCAACGACGGCGGCGCCGAGCACUCCCGGAAGAGACGGCGCACAGCACCGCCACCCGAUCACCACCACCGCCGCCACGGUGAUAAAUAA